AUGAAGGCGUGUCAGAUUCAGUCGCAGGGGCUCAUCGUGCUGCUGUGUCUCGUGAACCUGCUCAACUACAUCGACCGGGGCAUCAUCCCUGGCGCUCCACAGAGCUUCCGACGCUUUAUCACGUCGUCGUUAGGCGUGGCUGUGACCGACCAGUCAGUCUACUUGGGACUACUCUCAUCGUCCUUCAUCAUCGGCCACUCAAUUCUAUCGAUCGUCUUCGGGUACUUCGCAUCGACCCAUCGACCAUUUCGGAUCAUUUCGCUUGGAACGAGUAUCUGGAUCGUGGCUAUCAUCAUCUGUGCCAUAUCCGAACAUGUCAACAGCUACGCACUACUCAUCGUCGGUAGAGUGUUGAGUGGCGUCGGAGAGGCUUCAUUCCAGUGUGUAGCGCCGCCGUUCAUCGAUCGCCACGCUCCACCGGCACGUCGAUCGUUCUACGUAGGGAUCUACUUGGCGUCGGUCAUCGUGGGCACCGCCAUUGGAUUCGUGUACGGCUCGCUGUUCGCCGAAUCAUCUUUGACGUGGGCAGGGGCGUUCUACUUUGAAGCCAUUUUGAUGGCAUGUCUGAUCUUCUGCUGCUUGUUCUGCGUCCCUGACGAGCUCAACGUCGUACCGCCCACUGAUGAUGAAGCUGCACUGAGGAAGCCUCUAGUAUCGACCAAUGAAUUCGCUAGUGAAGUAAUGUCGCUCUCAAGGGAAAGUCGUGAUACGGUGGACAAGAAUGCGGCCGAGCUGUCACCUACCGAGUACGCAGACAAGUUAGGCGUAUUAAUAGAGAGGCCGCACAAGGAGAAUUCAGAGUCUUUCUUGCAGACUUGGUGGGAGAUCCUCUCGGACGUCCCGUUCUUGCUGGUGGUGCUGGCCCACGGAGCGUAUACGUUCACUCUAGGCGUGUUCAACGCCUUCGGACCGGACGUGUUUAUUGGUCUGGGACUCUUUUCGGAUGAGACAUCAGCGUCCUUGAUCUUUGGAGGAAUCGUGGCUGUCACGAGCCUCAUUGGCACUCCACUUGGAGGCUUUGUGCUUGAUCGCCAUACCAAACACACUACCGUGCCCGGUAAAAGAUGCUUUGUCGCAGUCGCAUCACUCUUGUUCUACGUAUCCAUCGCGGAGGUCUUCGCGUUGGUCAUGUGCUUCAUCUCGGACAGCAAAGGAGCCUUCCUGACGUGUUUUACUAUUGCUCUCUUCUGUAUGUGCGCACUGUGGGGACCCGAGAUGGUGGCGGUGAUGGAGCUGUUCCCGUCCUCACGUCGAUCGAUGGCCAUUUCAACCAACGCAGUGAUCAUCCACGUCUUUGGAGACGUGCCUGCACCUAUCGUCAUGGGGGUUGUGAGAGACAAAUGGGCUCCAAACUGUGGCACUGUCGAGGAGGACGGCGAUGCCGUACUCAAUAGUGAGGACCAAGACGGACUCAGUGGUGACGUAGGUGCAGCCGCAAGCUGCACUGCCAGGCGCAAGCUGCACUGCCAGGCGCAUGAGUGUCCUUGGGAUGUGUCUUUGCAGACACUGGCAGGUGACGGUGGCUCGUAG